AUGACGAAGGUACAGCUGUUUCUUCAAGCGGGUGUAAAACUGGUAUUUAAACCUAGAAGACCAGUGCCGUUUCACUCACAACAACUGGUUGAGAAGGAACUACAAAGACUGCAGAACCUUGACGUUAUUGAACAAAUAGAUUUCUCGAACUGGGCUGCACCCAUCGUUGCGGUUCGGAAGGCACAAUGUGACGCAGACGGCGAUCCUGUGGUCCGCAUAUGCGCGGAUAAUUCCACGGGGCUCAAUGCAGUGUUAGAGGCAAUUAAAUUUCCCAUACCAACACCCGAUGAGAUUUUUGCGAAACUGGGCGGUAGUCAGUAUAACAGCUUGCUGGAUUUAUCGGACGCCUACCUGCAGCUGGAAGUCGAAGAGGAUUCACAAAAGCUCUUGACGAUCAACACCCACAAAGGGCUCUUCAAAUACAAGCGGCUUCCUUCAGGAGUGAAGUCGGCUCCAGGGGCCUUCCAAAAAGUGAUCGAUAACAUGAUUGGUGAUUUGCCAGGACCGGAAUCUCUUCUCGACGACGUGAUCGUUUUCGGUAAAACUCGAGCUGAACACGAUCGUAAUCUAAACAAUACUCUUCAAAGAAUCCAAGAGUUUGGGUUUCGACUGAAGCUUGAGAAGUGCAAAUUUUGCGUCGCUCGGGUCAAGUAUCUAGACCACAUCAUCGAUCGCGAUGUCCUUCGCACAGAUCCGGAAAAGAUUGCAGCUAUUACUCAGAUGCCAGCACCUAAAAAUGUCAGAGUUGUGUUCUUUCUUGGGUGCCGUAAAUUAUUAUGCAAAGUUCAUCAGGGAAAUGCACUUCCUGCGUAA